UACUCCAAGGAAGAAGUAGGAAGCAGGACGCAGGCUCAGGUGGACCUCAGCCAGAUAUAGCAGGGUCCUUUCCUUUGAGGUGGGUCUGGGGUAGCCCGGGGGAAGAGACUGCUGGAGGAGGCCUCCUGUCCCUCAGCCAGGAGUAGCAUUACUUCAUCCAUCCAGCCUUUCAGCCGCCAAGGCCAUGGACAGCAGAGGCUCCGUCUCCUCAAAUCUCCAAGUAGAGCCUCGAUGUUCCAUGAGUGACCACGUCAACUAUGGCGAAGAGGAGCUGGAUGAGGAGACCCUGAAUUUCAUUUCUGCUUUGUAUACUGCCUUGGGGCCCCUCUUGCCCGAAGUCACCAAGCUCCAGGGCCACCAGGACCCUCCUGCCCACCUGAUGGUUGACAUGAAGACCAAACUGAGGGAGCUGGGCUCAAGCGUCUCAGAUGCCCGGAAGCGGCUGCUGAAGUACAACAUCUACCUGAAGAAGAAGCUGGCCAGAGCCAUGCAGGAGAGGAAGGCCGUUCGGGAGCAGCAGCUGAGGCAACAAGGAGUCAGCGAUCAGGUCAACACAACGCGUGUGCCAAGUAUGGCCAGGCCAGAGAUGGCUCCGGGGAAGUCCAGGCUGGGCACCGAGAAGAACAUUCUGGAGAUGCCAUCGGCCGAGAUGAUCAAGAUAAAGCAAACCGAUAGGGUCCACCGACGGAGCGACACAAUGGAAGACCGUGCCCGGACGUGCAUGACCCCCCAAGGGAUCCUGCAGAGAAAUAUUUGCAAAGUGGAAAACGCCUCUUCCCGCCCUCUGGACAGAAGCUCCCUGUGACCACCGAAGGAGAAACAUGGUUCCUUUUGCCACCUCUUCUCCAUUCCCCCACAUACCCACCCACCCCGGACCCCCAAGAUGGCUGUGAGAGAGCCCAAGGCUGAGCAGUGACCCUCUCCUGCCCAACCCAAUAAAUCCAUUGAGAUGCA